AUGAUCCUUUUAUUGGGUAAAGGGUUUGGCAUACUAAUCGUUCCAUUUGAUACGACAUGGUCAAAUGAUGAGAGAACGAAAACAAUUAAUGUUACUCCACCCACUAAUCUUAGAGUUAUGCUUGAUGAAAUGCUUCGAGCACAAGAGGCUCGCCUGGAGAACCUGCUCAUUGAACAAAGUGACACUCUGAGGAAUGAUAUAGCUAAUAAGAGAGAGAAUGUUUUAGGGGAAUUCAGAGCUCUUAUUAACAUUAGCCAGAAUGGCAACACCCCUCCGAACCAGACUGGAGGUUCUAAUGACCAGCAUGCUGCUCCACUUAAUGGCGAUCAGAAAGUCAGAGGGUUGGUUCCCAAAAUCGAAGCCACCUCCAAUGCCACUACUACCUCGAGCCAGACAAAGGAUGAUAUGGCCUCUCCUGAGGUAAAGAAAAUGAUGGAGAAAAUGGACUCUUUCAAAAAGUUCCUCAAAAGCAUAAAGAAAUAUGAGGAUCUUAUUGAUGUUGACUCUCUCCCAUUAUUCAUAGAAGCCAAGCUACCAACUAAAUUCAAGAUGCCCGCUAUAGACAAAUUUGAUGGUACCACAUGCCGUAAGACACACCUGAAAAUAUAUGUGGGUGCCCUCACUACCCUUGGUGUAAAUAAUGAGCUCCUUGCUCAUUUGUUCCAAUAG